CUACCGACCAGCAACCAACCAUCGCUACUCCACAACCAGUUACAAUAAUGGACGCCUUCACUGCCAUCUUCACCACCUUCACUUCUGCCGCCACUUCCUCUUCUGAAGCUCCUCGCAACCAGGAGGCCCACCCUGGUGGCAUGACCCUUUGUGUCAUCGCCUAGACCCAACGUCCCCUCUGCACGCGCGUCUGGUAUUCGCAUCAUAUCGCAAGACUAGGUCGAAGCAUAUCGUCGGACAGAUGGUAACGAAGCGUAUGGGACUUGUUUAGAUGGUAUUGACAUCAUGUAUAAAUAUAAAGUAGUC